CUGUCCUCGACCGUCGACGCACAUACUUGGCUGGAAAACAUCAUGCUCAUCGGAUCAAACGGCUCCUUCGUUGGCAAUCCUGGAUAUCCUCGCGGGUACGGGCCAAGAACGGCAAAUGUGGACCCAGACCCUCAAAAUGUCAACCUGAUCCCUCCCAAUGGUCGACCAUCUGGCAACGCAAUCUUGGCAACGGACUUAAUGUGUAAAGCUACUCAGACCAUCGGUACAUACACUCCUGGCUACGGACCUCUGACAGCUGCUCCUGGAGACCAGAUCGCUUUGCGAUACUUGGAGAACGGGCACGUCACAAAGGAUGUUGGACAGACUCGACCAGCGCACAACGGAACCGUCUUCGUCUACGGAACGAACUCGCCUGCAAACACUGAUACCUACCUUGGCAUCCACCGCGUGUGGAAUACUGAGGGCACGGGAGGUGACAAGCGAGGAAAGCUCAUCGCGACAAGAACCUUUGACGAUGGAAGAUGCUUCCAGGUCAACGGCCAACCUCUUUCUCUCGCUCGCGUAGCAGCUACCCAAUGGACCAGUCAAUCAGAUCUCGAAUGCCAGACCGACAUCCAGAUCCCCACCGAAGCUGGCACCUCUGGCAACUACACAAUGUACUGGGUAUGGGAAUGGCCA